CACACACACGGGAGUGGCAAUGUGUACAUGUGUACUUGCGUGUGUGCGUGUUGUGUGUGUGGAUAUAAUGUGUGCGAUACCUUUUUGAGCCGGGGCGGAAGUAGCAGAGCAGGCGACAGCCAGCUAUCAAAGGACGCUACGCCAUCACCCCCGCCCUCCCUCCCACCCUCGCUCUUUUCUUUCCUCCCUCCUUCCUUCCUUCCUUCUCUCCUUCCCCCCAGCAGAACUUUCCCACGAAAGCGAGCACAAGAUAACACAACACAGACCUGCGUACAAACAAAGAUUGACACACAAGGAUCCCUCCCGGCGGUCCCUUUGUGGCCAGUCGGUUCGUCACAGGUGGACAGUCACUGGACAAUAGACGACACCAGAAUAUCAGACCAGCGUGUGUGUUAUUUCUCUACUCCCAGUCGUGAGUGUGUGCGGGGUUUCUUUUUUGUGUGAGAGAAAAAGAGAGAGAACUCUUUCUGUUUUCGGGGAAUAGUGAUAACCCUUCGUUCCGGUACUGGAUAUUCGGCCACUACUACUGCAACUACUGUUCCUUCAGAAAGGUACAAAGAUCAGGGUCAAGACAUGAGAGGUCACCAAUUGUGUGCAUUGACAGAUUUUAUAUCACUCUACAUGCCCCGCCCAAGUGAAGCCCCUACUUCUCUCUCCCCGCCUAUUGGAUUGUCUCUCGGAAGGAUACAUCAGUAGUAGAAUACGUGGACGCUGACAAGACAGAAUAUGGGGGACUACAGUGAGAGUGAAGUAUCUAUUGCCUUCACAAACUCGUCUCUGGCCUAUACCAUCAGCGAUACCGACCUAGUCUCAGGAUGGCUACAGGGCAAAAGUCCGAAGAAUGUCCAGCACAACCCGUCAAUGGACAAGCUUCCUCCACCUCGUCACCCUCUUCCUCAAAGAUCGGAGUGGGCGUGGCCAUGAUCGUAGCGUCCACCCUUGUGUCCAUCUACUACAACAUGAUCAUCGCAUGGGCGGAGUUCUACAUGUUCGCCUCCUUCACCAGCAAGCUGCCGUGGUCAGACUGUGAUAACCCGGACUGGAACACGCCUG